AAAGGCUCUAGAAUAUUACCGUCGCUUCUCGUUCAUUCUGCUGUGUGUGUGUGUGUGUGUGUGUGUGUGUGUGUGUGUGUGUGUGUUUAAGCGCGUCCUGCUGCUGGCGCUCUCAGUCUGUCAUGACAUUACAACACAUAUCUGCGUUAACGUUCAUGUAAACAUAAACCCUGAACCUGUGCUGGACGCGUCCACAGGAGCAUCAUAUCACACAUCGACAGGUCUUCACCUGUGGAAGAGAGUCACUCGUCAUGCUGUGCUGGGGGAAUGCCUCGUACGGGCAGCUGGGUUUGGGUGGGAUUGAUGAGGAGAUAGUGCUGGAGCCGAGGAAAUGCGAGUUCUUCGAGGGCAAGCGUGUGAGGGAUGUGGGAUGCGGCAGACGUCACAGCGUCUUUCUGCUGGAGGACGGGACGGUGUACACCUGCGGCUGCAGUGACCUGGGACAGCUGGGGCAUGACAAAGCACGCAAGAAACCAGAGCAGGUUGUGUCUCUGGAUGCUCAGAACAUUGUGGCCGUGUCUUGUGGUGAAGCUCAUACUCUGGCUCUGAAUGAUAAGGGACAAGUUUUUACAUGGGGUCUGGGAUCAGACGGGCAGCUCGGCCUUUCAAACAUAGAGGAUUGUAUCCGUGUACCCAGUUCAGAUCGCCAUUUCCCUGCCUUGCUGAAGACUCUCAGGUCCCAACGGGUUGUUUACAUAUGCUGUGGAGAGGACCACACGGCAGCACUAACGAAGGAGGGAGGUGUUUUUACAUUUGGAGCGGGUGGUUAUGGUCAGCUGGGACACAACACCACACACCAUGAGGUGAACCCCAGGAAGGUGUUUGAACUCAUGGGGAAUGUGGUUGCACAGAUAGCUUGUGGUAGGCAGCACACUUUGGCGUUGAUCCCUUCAUCAGGAAAGAUUGACUCAUUUGGUCUCGGUGGUAACGGACAGCUAGGAACCCGCUCGACCUACAAUAGGAUAAGUCCCGCCCCUGUGAAGGGCUGCUGGCAAGCCCAUACUGAUCCUGUGCCUAUGGAUGUAGAGGCGGAACAGAGUUACUGUGUGAAGAGGAUCUACGCUGGAGGAGACCAGAGCUUCGCUCACUACGCUUUAUCUCAGGACGACAGCCCUCCAGUUGAUCUGAGGACAACCAGACCUGAUGGACAGAUAUACACUCUCAGCGAUGACCUCAUCCAGAAAUGGCUCAAUCAUGGCCAUGGGAGACUAUCACCAGAAAUCACCAAUGAGAUUGAUCUUGUGUUCUCUUCAGCGAGUUGUCUCAAUGGAAGCUUUCUGUCUGGAAGUAAUCCAGAUCACUACAACACUAACAGUAAGUGCUCAGGUGUGGACAUCAACAUGGCUCGCCUGCUCUACCACAGACUCAUCCAGUCCGAUUACCCACAAAUCUCACAAAUUGUGGCUGCUAGUAUGGAGAAGCAUCUCCUCCCCAGAUUGAGCAGUUCUCCUCCAGACAUCGAGGCUCUAAGACUCUACCUCACGCUGCCCGAGUGUCCGCUCCUCAGCAACCCCAACAACUACACCACCCUCACUAUUCCCUUCGCCAAGGCCAUCGUAAACCUGAAGGACGCCCCCAUCAAAGUGCUCGGAAACUGGUGGUCAAAGUUUGAGCCAGCGGUCUUCCAGAGGCUGGUGGAGCUCUAUAAGGAGGUGGUGGUGUAUCUACUGCGGAUGCAGAAACUGGGAAUUCCUCUUUCUGACCAGAGGAUCUUCACCUGCUUCCUGCACACCUCACUCAAAUUCCUGGAGAUCCUCCACUCGGUUAAUGAGCAUGCUGGCCAGAUCAUCCAGUAUGACAAGUUUUAUAUUCAUGAGCUGGAUGAGCUCAUUGACAUCAGGAAUGAUUAUGUCACCUGGUUUCAGCAGCAGAUGUUCUCUGUGGUCAUGGACUCUCAGGUGACCAUGUGCAAAUACCCAUUUGUUUUUGACGCUCAGGCGAAAACAGCACUGCUUCAGACUGAUGCUGUGAUCCAGAUGCAGAUGGCGGUGGAUCAUGCUCAGAGACAGAACUUACACUCUCUGUUCCUGUCCGGUGGAGGAGUGGAGUCAGUAAACCCCUGCCUCAUCCUCAUCGUACGCCGAGAAAACGUGGUCGGAGACUCCAUGGAGGUGCUGAGGAAGUCCAAAAACGUUGAUUACAAGAAGCCGCUCAAGGUGAUCGUUGUGGGAGAGGAGGCCGUGGAUGCUGGCGGCGUGAGAAAAGAGUUCUUCCUGCUCAUCAUGAAAGAACUCUUGGACCCUAAAUAUGGGAUGUUCAGAUACUACGAGGAGUCCAGGCUCAUCUGGUUCGCUCACAAGGUACAGCAAUCAAAAAAGAGUCUUCAGCAGCUGCUGGAUUAUACAGAGGAUGAUUUGGAAGAAGCGUUUUGCCUGAAUUUCACCAUCACUGAGGAAAUUUUUGGCACCACGGAGGUAUUGGAGCUGGUUCCCAAUGGGACGGACAUCAGUGUCAACAAGUCCAACAGGCAGGAGUUCGUCAACGCCUAUGUCGUUUAUAAAUUUAACACCUCCGUGGCUCCUCAGUUCAGCGCUUUCUAUGCUGGAUUUCACAAAGUGUGUGGAGGGAAAGUUCUAGAGCUUUUCCAGCCCAGUGAACUGCAGGCCAUGGUCAUAGGAAACACCAAUUAUGACUGGAAGGAAUUAGAGAAGAGCACAGAAUAUAAGGGCGAGUACUGGGCGGAUCACCCCACCAUCAAGAUCUAUCCAAUGAGAUACGACCGAAUCCCCAUCCUGGGCAUGAAGAGCCUGGCGUUAGUGAUCCAGCCCACCGGUGGCGGAGAGCAAUAUUUCCCUGUAGCGCACACAUGCUUCAACCUGCUGGAUCUGCCCAAGUACACUAAUAAGGAGACACUCAAAGAGAAACUGCUGCAGGCCAUCGAACACAACCAGGGCUUCAACCUCGUCUGA